CUGAAGAGACUCCGGAACAGCAAAAAUACAGAGCGAGUAUUUUGUGUUUGGAUCCAGUAAAACUUAGCCAUAGCCUACAAACAAUAUGCAGUUCAAACAGAGAUCUUUAAGGGAAGGAAGAGAUUUUGCGCUACACCGAAGAUAACUUGAGAUCCACGAAACAACCCAAUAUAACCUUUUUGUCUAUCUAAAUUAGUAAUCAGUCACAUUUUUUUAUUCUUGAAAAAAUCCAAAAGCUAGGAGAAAGUAAGAUUUAUGGUUCGGAAUGUACAAGGUCACGGAUUGAUAUUUAUGGUUAUGGGAAAAAACGUAAAUAACAAGAUAUAAAAAGACCCAUCUUUUCAACAAUUACCCCUCUUUUAUUUUACCUCACAUUUUAUCAUAAUCAUACAUAUCCUCUGAUGCAGCAUUAAACUCUCACUUCGCAAUUCACCAAUAUCUUCACCUUUCUCUCUCUCUCUCGAUCACUCAACUUCCUUUCUCCAAGAAUCUCUCUUCCUCUAUUGGACAACGAAACGCAAGAAUUUCAGAGAUCUCUCUCCAUCUCUUUACCGGGAACAAUGCCGACUAACCGGAACCGUCCGAUCAAUACCAUCAGUUACCUCGUCGUGUUCUUCCUUCUUUCAACCGCAACAGCAGCAAGAAACGAGUCUAACCGAACCCACGGAGCAAACCGGAGGUUUCAACACGCGUACUACUCUUAUCCUCACCGCUCAUGCCAAUCUUUCUCUCGUCCCUACGCACGUUCUAUGUGCAUUGAGCUCGAAAGAAUCCACAGAAGCAGCCGACAGCCACUUUUCUCUCCUCCUCCUCCUCCUCCUCCUCCUCCUUCUCCGCCGGAGAUUGACGAAAGGUACGGCGUCGACAAAAGACUCGUCCCCUCCGGUCCAAACCCGCUUCACAACUGAAACACAUUUUGUAAUGCGUAGAGAAUAAACGAGAUUUCUUGAGGUGCAAGAAAAGAGCUAGUAGCUAGGGUUUCAUCGAGAUUUAUUCUCAGUUUUCUUGUAAAUCUUGUUUCUUUUAACUACGUUCUUGAUGUUUGUUUUGUAUUGCGCACUACUACUACGUUAUGAGCAAAACUAUGCUUUGUUAUUUCCAUGCUUGUUUUUAGGUCUUUAUCAGGAGUAUAUGGCAGAAACAAGCUUGGAAAUGGUUUAUUUGGAUCAGAGAUUUUGCUCUUUUUACUUCCUAGUUAUUACUACAUCCAUACAUUGGUGUGAUUGAGACAGGAGGAGGUUGAUGAUCAAGAGAAACACAUGAGUUCCAUUAAUUUGAGAGGCUGUAUACCUCUCUCUUUCUCUCAAAGGUCUUUGUAUGGACUUUAUGAUAUUUAUGAGCCUUCUCAAUUGGUGUUGGGCUUUAUUAGAUGUAGCAAGAUAAAUGCAACGCAAAAGCAUAGACAGUAGCUCCAAGUGUAUCAUCUACUUUAUGUGUUAUCCAAUUUAAAUAUGUAGAUAAGAUGUUUUUAUUGUUUUUUGAGUUUUUUUUAAUUGUUUUGUUUCUA